AUGCCGGCCACCAACCAGGGCUGGCCGGAGGACUUUGGCUUCCGGCUAGGUGGCUCCGGCCCCUGCUUCGUCCUGGAGGUGGCCGAGGGAAGCAGCGCGCAUGCCGGAGGACUGCGGCCAGGGGACCAGAUCCUGGAGGUGGAGGGGCUGGCAGUGGGUGGUCUGAGCCGCGAGCGCCUCGUGCGCCUGGCACGGCGCUGCCCACGUGUGCCGCCCAGCCUGGGUGUGCUCCCAGGUCCCGACGGUGGCCCCGGCCCGGAAUCCGGCCCCGCGGCCCCAACCACAGUCUUGCGGGCCCCGCGGUGCGGCCGCGGCCUAGCUCUGGGCCGUGAGCUGCUUCGCUUGGCUGGCCGCAAGCGCCCGGAAGCGGUGUACCGAGAGCGCAGGCGCAAGGCCCAGGAGUUCAGCCGCAAGGACCCCUCCUUGCAGGUGGAUGAAAUCUUGGAGGACCAGCCGACUGCCAAGGAGCAGGUGUUUGCCGCGCUGAAGCAGUUUGCAGCUGAGCAGCGGGUGGAUGACCUGGUGUGGGCUCUUACCCUGGCGCUGCCCCGAGAGGCCUGCGGGCCACUCCUGGACAACCUCAGGGAUGGGCCAGCGGGGCGCAGGCGGCCCAGCUGUCCCCCAGGAAGUUGGCUCGCUAGUCUCCAGGCUGCUGGCAGCCGGGCUCGGCUGGAGGCCCUUUCGGUUCUCCUCCUCUCCCCAGAGCGCUGCCGGCGUCUGUUCCUGCCCCUCUCCCGGGCCAGCCCGCCUGCCCCCCGGGACAUCCCCAAGCCCGCCUUUCCCAGCCGCUGUUGGUCCCCAAGCCGCCGGCAGCCGCGGCAGCAGGUCGGGCAGGGCGCGGGAGGGGGAACACCCUUGGGUGCGCUCGAUUUAGAGCCCGGGCAGCGGGAGCCCUGGACACCUGGGGAUGCCCGGUCCCCGCAGCCUGAAACGGCAGCCUCUGCUAGGCGGGAGAGCCCAGGGCGGCGCCCGCGAGGACGCGCCUUCGGACCGCGGUUUGCAGAGAUCCAGGGUCCGGGAACGCGCCCCGACUCCGCCGUCCUUGCCGGCAGGAUCUUCAUCCCCAAGAAGCACCGGGCGCGCUUCGACGAAGUGGUGUCACAGGGCCUCCUGGGCAAGCUGUGCCGCGCCCGCCGGGCCCAGGGCGCGCAACGACUGCGCCGGAGCCGCAGCGAGGAGCGGCCCGAGCGCCUCCUGGUAUCCACGCGCGCCAGCGCCGCGCCGCGCCGCCCGGAUGAGCCGCCCCCGCGCAGGGCCUCUUUGCUGGUGGGCGGCCUCGCCGGCCCCGGGGGCGCGCGCAGGACUGUCCGAGUCUACAAAGGCAACAAGAGCUUCGGCUUCACACUUCGCGGCCACGGGCCUGUCUGGAUCGAGUCUGUCCUGCCUGGGAGCCCAGCUGACAAUGCUGCCCUCAAGUCAGGUGACCGGAUCCUCUUCCUCAAUGGACUGGACAUGAGGAACUGCUCCCACGACAAGGUGGUGUCCAUGCUGCAGGGCAGUGGUGCCAUGCCUACGCUGGUGGUGGAGGAAGGGCUCGUCCCAUUUGCCAGUGACUCGGAUUCUCUGGACUCGCCCAACCCAUCGUCGGCGCUCACCUCCCUGCAGUGGGUGGCGGAGAUCCUGCCGUCCAGUAUCCGGGUCCAAGGGAGGACCUUCAGCCAGCAGCUGGAGCACCUGCUCACGCCUCCUGAGCGCUAUGGGGUCUGCCGGGCCCUCGAGAGCUUCUUCCAGCACAGGAACAUUGACACCCUCAUCGUUGACGUCUACCCUGUGCUGGACACCCCUGCCAAGCAGGUCCUGUGGCAGUUCAUCUACCAGCUGCUGACCUAUGAGGAGCAGGAGCUCUGCCAGGAGAAAAUCGCAUGCUUCCUGGGCUACACGGCCAUGACAGCAGAGCCGGAGCCUGAGCUGGACCUGGAGCCGGAGCCCACACCCGAGCCCCAGCCGCGGAGCUCCAUGCGGGCUUCCUCCAUGUGCCGCCGCAGCCUCCGGUCCCAGGGCCUGGAGGCUGGCCUCAGCUGCGGUCCUGGCGAGUGCCCUGAGAUGCCUCUUCCCCUGAUCCCAGGCGAGCGCCAAGCGGGCGAUGGCACUUCCCUCCCUGAGACCCCCAACCCCAAGAUGAUGUCAGCCGUCUAUGCAGAGCUCGAGUCUCGACUGAACAGCAGCUUCAAAGGGAAGAUGGGGACCGUGUCCAAAUCCCGGGCUUCCCCUCCGGGCCCCAGCCCGGCAGUCACCGCAGGGCCCAGGACCCUGUCCGGCGUCUCGUGGCCCAGCGAGCGACUCUUGCCCUCCCCCUGCUACCACCCGCUGUGUUCAGGGGGUCUGGCCUCCCCCAGCAGCUCUGAGUCCCACCCCUACGCCAGCCUGGACAGCAGCAGGGCGCCCUCCCCACAGCCAGGCCCCGGGCCCAUCUGCCCUGACAGCCCCCCAAGCCCGGACCCCGCCCGCCCGCCCAGCCGCAGGAAGCUCUUCACCUUCUCCCACCCUGUGCGAAGCCGUGAUACUGACCGCUUCCUGGACGUGCUGAGCGAGCAGCUGGGCCCCCGGGUCACCAUCGUGGAUGAUUUCCUGACCCCCGAGAAUGACUACGAGGAGAUGAGCUUCCAUGAUGACCAGGGCAGCUUCGUAACCAAUGAGCGGAGCAGCGCCAGCGACUGUGUCAGCAGCAGUGAAGAAGGCAGCUCCCUGACCUACUCCUCCAUCUCUGACCACAUCCCCCCACCCCCACUCAGCCCCCCUCCACCACCACCCCUGCCUUUCCAUGACCCCAAGCCCAGCUCCCGCGGCUCUGAUGGUUCCCGGGGCCCUGCUCAGGCGCUGACCAAGCCCCUCACCCAACUCAGCCACCCAGUCCCUCCACCACCCCCACCGCCCCUGCCUCCACCUGUGCCCUGUGCACCCCCCAUGCUGUCCCGGGGCCUGGGCCACCGGCGCAGUGAGACCAGCCACAUGAGUGUCAAGCGCUUGCGGUGGGAACAGGUGGAGAACUCAGAAGGCACCAUCUGGGGUCAGCUCGGGGAAGACUCCGACUACGACAAGCUGAGUGACAUGGUGAAAUACCUUGACCUGGAGCUCCACUUCGGCACCCAGAAACCUGCUAAACCGGUGCCGGGGCCGGAGCCCUUCCGGAAGAAGGAGGUGGUGGAGAUCCUGUCCCAUAAGAAGGCCUACAACACCUCCAUCCUCCUGGCUCACCUGAAGCUGAGCCCCGCGGAGCUGCGCCAGGUGCUGAUGAGCAUGGAGCCCCGGCGCCUGGAGCCCGCGCAUCUGGCGCAGCUGCUGCUCUUCGCGCCCGACGCCGACGAGGAGCAGCGCUACCAGGCCUUCCGCGAGGCGCCCGGCCGCCUCAGCGAGCCGGACCAGUUCGUCCUGCAGAUGCUGUCAGUUCCCGAAUACAAGACGCGCCUGCGCAGCCUCCACUUCCAGGCCACGCUUCAGGAGAAGACAGAGGAGAUCCGUGGCAGCCUUGAAUGCUUGCGCCAGGCCUCCCUGGAGCUCAAAAACAGUCGGAAGCUCGCCAAGAUCCUGGAGUUUGUGUUGGCCAUGGGCAACUAUCUCAACGAUGGACAGCCCAAAACCAACAAGACCACUGGCUUCAAGAUCAACUUUCUGACAGAGCUGAACUCCACCAAGACAGUAGAUGGGAAGUCCACUUUCCUGCACAUCCUUGCCAAAUCGCUGAACCAGCACUUCCCUGAACUCCUGGGCUUUGCUCAGGACCUGCCCACCGUGCCCCUGGCUGCCAAAGUGAACCAACGGGCUCUGACCAGCGACCUGGCCGACCUCCAUGGCACUAUCAGCGAGAUACAGGAUGCCUGCGAGAGCAUUUCCCCCUCCAGCGAGGACAAGUUUGCAGUGGUCAUGUCAUCCUUCCUGGAGACGGCCCAGCCGGCGCUUCGGGCACUGGACGGGCUGCAGCGCGAGGCCAUGGAGGAGCUGGGCAAGGCGCUGGCCUUCUUCGGGGAGGAUUCCAAGGCCACCACCUCUGAGGCUUUCUUCGGCAUCUUUGCAGAGUUCAUGAGCAAAUUCGAGCGAGCGCUGAGUGACCUGCAGGCCGGGGAGGGCCCGCGCAGCUCCGGUAUGGUUUCACCCCUGGCCUGGUGACAGUGGCCACACCGCAUCCUCUGCGGCCUGAGCAGGGAGAUGGAGGCCGAGAGGGCAGCCCAGACACUGCUGAGGUCCAGGGCCACUACGCCCUAGGCUCCGAGCACACCGCCAGCCUCUCCUGCAGCUACCUCAGCCGCCGAGCUGUGGCCGGGCCCUCCUCUGCCAACCCUUGUUCCUACCCCCAGCCCUGGAGCCAGAUGCCCUAGGAGCGGGUGCUGAGUGUACCUGCGCCUGGAGGACCAUGCUCCGUUGGCUUCCUGGGCCCACUUCCCGCCUCGCUCCUGGGCUGUCAGGGACACCCAGAGAGUGGAUUACAAAGUGGCCACAUUCCUGGGACAUGUGGACCUUUUUUCUGAUCCUGCUCCUAGCGGGUCCCUGCGAGGAGGCCGACACCCUUGAGCAUGACCCUGCAGGUGGGCGCGAGACGGGAGAGGGCGGAAAGCAACGUAAAGGGGCCCUGGGGAUGGGCACGCCCAGCCUGGGCCUUGGAAGCUGGCUUCAGAGACACAGGAGAGAGAGGCCUGGGAGAGAUGCAGGGAAGGAAGGACUGUAGGAGGAAGACCUCCUAUGUCAGGCUGCAGAAUUGAGGUUUCAUGCAGUAGACAAACCCGAACCUGUGUAGAAGUGGCCCAGUUGGAAGUGGGGAGCCUGGGAGUGGAAUAGGCAUAGUCAAGGUAGAGCAUACAGAAUGGGGAGGUGUUGAGGCAGGAGGUGAGCAGGAUCUGGUGGCCGACUGCCAGACUUCUCACCUGGACGGAUGGUGAUGUUCCCUGGAGCAAGUCACGAGACCAGGGCAGGUUUGGGGGCAGAUGACACAAUCUGGGAUGUGUUUGGGACCCAAAUGGUUAUUUUCCAUGUGCCUAGGCAUACAGCAGGAGGUACCUGGGUACCAGGAGCAGGAGCAGGUGGCGUGGUGGGCAGGGAGGGAGGGUGUGUGAACUGUUUCACCUUUUUUUAAUUAUCCGAUUGGCAGAUCCUUGCAUCAGACA